AUGAAUUAUAUACUAUCUAUAUUGUUGAUAGUGACAAUAGUUAAUGUUGUUGAUUCAUCAACAUUACAUAAUGUAAAGGAUAUAACUUAUACUAUAUAUCAAGGUGUUGAUCAACAUAAAAGUAGAUGUACUGUUGUAUUCAAACCUAGAUUACUGCCACAGAACUAUAUAGAUAUAGACUCUAAUCAUACAAAGCAAGCAUUCACUUCAACAUGCUCUCAUCUUACUAUUGAGAACAGACAGAAGCAUCAAUUGAACAAUGCUAUAUUCACAACAAAGAUUACAAGUGAUCAACAGAUACAGAAUAAUAAGGAUAGUAUACCUAUUAUAUGCUCAAUCCCAAGAAGUGUAUUGAACAAUACACAGUUGACUUAUGAGAGACUGAAGUUGCAUUUGAAUGCCAUCAGUCUGAAUCUGGAAGGUUGCAGCUAUCACAUCACACAGCCACCUGCUUCAAUCGCAGACACUUUUGAUCCAUCCACCAACAACAUCUUUGUCUCUAUCGACAUUGCUCAUAUGGCACAGAAGCCAGCGAUUGAACCACCAGUAUCAGAGCAGGAGAAAGAAGCUGGCGAGAAGUCAUUCCUCCAGAAAUAUUGGUACUAUGUACUCCCAUUGGUCAUUAUAACUGUACUUAACCUUGUUAUGGGUGCUGGAGGUGGAGGCGAGGAAGGCCCAGCAGCUGGCAAUGGAGGAGGAGGUGGAGGUGGAAGAAGAUCAAACAAAUAA